CCGUAGUCCACUGUUGACGCGCAGAAAUGAGGGGCUUCACAUCGUCUUUUGUCCUGUCGUUGUACGGCCUGCUGCUUCUUUGGCCAAACAUCCAAUCAUCUAGGCACUCCCUAACCCAAGUUCGAAAUAAGUGCCCAACAUCAGAUGCAGACAGUGAGGAGAUGCCUGAAGUCUUGAAGGUGCUGAGACCGUGUCCGGAAAAAUACCAGAACUUCUGUAUCCAUGGCCAAUGCAGCUUUGACCCUGACCUAGACAUACCCGUCUGCAGCUGUGUACCGAAUUACGCUGGGGAGAGAUGCCAACAUCUGGUUCUGCAAUCCCGCAGCGCGAGAGCCGACCCUGAGAAACUCAACGCCAUUGGUGUGGCUGUGGUCCUGCUGCUCUGUGGACUCAUUGGUGGCCUCUACUGCUGUGUGAGGAAGAGGUGCGAGAAAUAG